CGUCAGCAAGACACUACGGACACCAGACUCCAAGCGAACGUCGACCAGUGUGGUAGUGUGUCGAGGUUUCGAGCGUUCGAGCGAAGUUUCAUCCAAGCACCAAGUCCAAAAGUGUUUCCACUUCACCCUUGUACAACCGUGUGGCGUGUUUUGAGCGGGUUUUGUGCAACAGUUUGAAUGAACCUCCAGAAGUGAAGGGAAUAAAACAGUUUUAAAGAGCAAACCCGCCACCCGCCGAGAAGUGAAAAAAUUGGUCAAACAGAAGGUGUGUAUGUGCGCGAAAGAUUCAACCUCAAAACAUAAAGUGCAUUCGGUGUUGCAUCGGCAACGGGAGAAAGAGAAAAAAGAGAGCGAUAGAGUGUGUGUGUGUGUAUGCAAGAAUUACGGUGAAUGUGCAUAUGCAACUGCAUUCAAAACCGCAUCACCUUGUCCGUAGCGGGAUUCUUGUCUAAAGGGUGGUGUUUAUUGUGCCAGUGUGUAUGUUAAGUGUGCACCCCUGUUUGUGUGCCUGUUUUUACAUGAGUGGUGGAUUUGCAUAGUGCAGAAUUUUGCUCGUGUUGCGCCAAGUGCAUCGCGGACAUCAACACGGGAGACAGCAAAAACAGGCGGUUCGCUUUUAUCAACUCCUUCCCAAACCAACCUCCGGUCCGUGCUAUUCCCGGGGUUUUAAGUCAACCGCUCCCCGCAAACGGUUGACAUCUUUGGCCGCAAAGGGGGUAAAAGGGGUGUUUUAAGAAUUGUGCAAUUGCCCAGCCCCCGCAGCUGAAGAGUUGUUGCGCGUGUUUUGUGUACCGAAGUGAGUUUGUGUUUUUUUUGUUUCUUCUCCGAGUUGUUAUUAUUUUGGUUGGAAUUUUACCACAAGUCGCGUUCCGGCAGUGCAUGUGCUUGAUGUUUGAUUGUUUGUGUUUGGCGUUUUAUUUUUGCAUCAUUUCGCGCUAAUCAUUCGUCGUUCGUGGAGAUCGUGUGCAAUCAACAUCGUAACGAGAAGGAAGGAAGGUUAGAAUUCAUCUCUUCCCACUUCCCCCUAGAAGUAUAGGGAGGUGUUUUGUGAAGGCGUGUGUAGUGCUAACAACACCCCAAUUGCCCCUCCUCUCACGGGUACACACACACACACAAUCACAAACAAAAGCAAUAGUUUCUAAAUCGUGCCAGAAAGCGCCAUUUGCUGUGACAUUCUACCUUCCAUCCUUUGGUGCCGUGACUGGGAUCCGUGAGCCAAGAAGGUUCGUCACUGUGGUCGCGAUCGGAAUUUUAAGCUACCCGUACAGAAGAAGCUUCGACGGAUCGACGGCGCAGCAGCUACAGCGGGGAGAUUUCAAACAACAACCCGAACGACAGAGAACGAACGAUCGAGGAAUUUUAAGCAGCUAGCUUGCCCUAGAUUGUACGCAGAUAAUGUAAAGCAAAUCAUUGGUACGCGCUAGACGUUUCACACCCGUAGCUAGGACAUACUUCACCUACCACCUAGACAGGAUGGCGCUCCGAUUGCGCAAGGAUGUACAGAAAGCGUCCUAUUACGUUUGGUUCCUGGGUGCCCAGGAAGCGAAGGCACUGAGAGGCACCCGCAGCCUACUACCGAUGAUACCGCGCAUGGUGGAAAAAUCAAAAGAACAGGAACCGCUGAAGGUUACGCUGCAGGUUUCACACAAAGGAUUGAAGAUUGUACAGGGUUCGGCGAAACACUUUAUACCCCAUGGAGCCAUCACUUGCUCGGUGCAGACGGAAGACAUUGUUGCCUGUACGUUGCUGCUGUACAAUCCGGCCACCAAAUGUCCGCUGCACGUUCAUGCGUACCGAUGUGAUUCGGAGCUUACCGCACAGGCCCUGCACGAUCAGCUGCAGGUGCUGAUCAACAGACCGGAAAACCAGAAACGAUUCACCGAACUGGAAGCACGGCUCGGUUUGGCGGCACAGCUAACCGGUGCUCCGUGCGGUGUCAACGGUGGUCAACCGGGUGGCCCGGGUGCAAUUCCGAUCAUGGACGGUGGCCGCAAAAGGAUGCCGCGCAGGUUCGAAUCACCGCGUCGCUUUCCGGACUCGUCGCACGGUAGUGAUACGGGCACGGCCAGUACCCGGGAGUCGGAGUGUUCCGAGGAACAGCAGCAUUCACCGACGUCUGGUCCGGUUUCGCCAUUGAUCAGUCAGUCGAAGCUGUACGAUUCGCUGGCGGCCGAACUGCGGGAGAAGCUAAGUGGCGGUGUGCCAUUGCUGCUGCCUACAAAAGAACCAGACCACAAGAAGGAAGCCGUCCACAGUUCUAGUGAUGCAGCAGCACGACGGUUCCGCAACGGUUGCCUGACCGGCUCCAUCACACCAUCGACGGGCGUUAAUCAAAAGCAUGGCGUAUCAUCCCGUGGAUCUUCCGGCAUCGGGUCGGAUCUGGCCCCGAGCCCGGAACGACACGAGCCGCAAAGCUCAAGCGAGGACGAAUGGGUGAAUGACCAAGAACCGACCCUGAAUGGUAAUUCCAAUCGCCAUUCCGGUGGCCGACCGGUGGAGCGCUAUCUGGACGAUCAGCCGGUGACACGCAUGAGCAAGUACCGUGAUGCUCCGCCACCGACAACGUACCUGUACCCGAAUGUACGUGACGAACCAACCCGUGUACGGCAUCAGCGUUCGUCGAGCCGCGAGGAGGAUCGCAGCCUGCAGGGAUCGGUUAACUCGCGCGAGGAAGAGGUGAAACCGAUCAUCACCAACCAUACGCCACGCUACCGGAACGCGUACAAACCAGCGGACGGGUAUGGGUUGGAAGAGCGCAAGAAGAAAAUCACCAUCGAGGACAAGUACGUUGAUGAGCGUGACGGUGGCCGAAGAGGUGGCCGAUACGCUGGGACCGAUGAGCGAGUGGUAGAACAUCGUGGAGAGGUUGAGUUUGAGUAUGGCAAACCACAGCCAGACCCGAGACGUUACUUUGAGGAGGAGUACGAGCGUGACCGUUAUCGCGAUAAUCUGACCGAUCGGCAGAAAUAUCGGGAGGUAGCUACCGAUGGCAGCAAUAAAUACCGCGGCAAGGAGUACGAUCGUCGGGGACCGGUUCAGGUGACGCACGCAGAUCGUGCUGAUUAUCGCGAAUACUCCCCGGAACGUAUUCCACCAAUGGUGUCGGGACGUGGAAAGUAUGCAGCUCAGGAUCACUUUGGUGAGCGACAGGAUUUCAAGGUAGAACGCGAAGGAUAUCAUCGUUCACCACCGACACACAAGACCGAUCGGAUGAGGUACGGUCAUGCCGAGGAUACACACGAUAGCGUUGAUAGACGGCCGAUGUAUCGGUCCGGACCGGAAGAGGAAGGAUAUCGCGAGGAAAGACGCUUCGGCGGUCACGAGGAAACUCCGAAGCGUAGCAGUUACAAGAUGGCAGACAAGUACGAGGAACGCUGGCGACAGGAGAUGUCUGGCGGUUACGGUGAUGUUGAGCCAUCAGCCGGACGGCGUUAUCAUCGGGAAGAAUCGAAGCAUGCGCAACCUCCACCACCACCACAGCCACAGGCGGACACGUGGAAACCGGAACCGCGUAAGAAAUCCGUCGAGAUACGAACCAGCUCGCCCGAAUCCACCAUGCAUCGUAUCUCACCGAAGGAUCGGUUCCAGACAGCGAAGGAAAAGUUCCAGCAGAUGGAACGCGAACGUCACGAACAGGAACGGCUCGAGCAGGAACGUUUGGAACGCGAGCGGCUGCUGCACAGUAAGCGAACGGUGGAACAUGUGCCUGCGCCACGCCGUGGCUCCCUUGAGCCAGCGGCCGUCAGUUCGCACGAAAGCAAUGGUUGGAGUUCGGAAGAGGAACAACUACCCCCAAGGGGCCAUCCACGUUCGAACGGAAGCUUGAACGGGUCGGGUGUUAAUGGAUCAAUGGGCCCGGGAGGUUAUCGGGAACUAUCGCCAGAAGAGCGUUACCCGGGAUUGGAUCGCGAUUCUGGACACGCCGGACGCCGAAUGAUGCCGGCAAAGAGUUUGACCAACCUUGUGAAGGGUUAUCGCCACAGUUAUGCAGAGCCACGACCACCGCCAGUAUCACGUAGCAGCGGUCGUGUCGGGUUAGCCGCAGUUAACCCGUACUAAAGACGCAAGACGGAAGCUGAGUCAGUAGGAUAGACCGUAGGUUCCCAAGCGAAGCAUAGAAGCCCAAACAACAAAUACUCUCCCGCACGUAGAUGUAGACGUUACGUAGAUUAUUAUAUGCGUUUUUUUUGCUUUUCAAUGUGCCUUAUAGUGUUUAUGGUUGGAAGCAUAUCUUUAGCCACCGAGCACGGUGGACGAUGUACAUUGCUGAGGUUCUAAAUACAACAAGUUUUUAAGAAAUAAAAUCACAAUAUAACCCACGAAA